CAGUGAGAUGCCGAGCCCUGGCUAGAGCCCUAUUUUGAGUCGAGAAUGGCACGCCACCUGUUCCUCCCUGUCUGGCCUCUCUGACAGCCCGUUUUCCCCGCCAGACCGCGUCCUCUGACCGUCGUUUCACUCACUCCCUGACUGUCAACCUCGGGUGUCAUUGUUUCACGCAAUUUAUAAAGCGGUCAAAGAAAAGUCCCUAUUCUCUCUUAUACCUGUCUGGAUUUGUUGUGCUCUCCUGUGGGAUUGUACGCAUUUGUCUGCGCAACUUUGUAAGGAAGACGGAAGUAUGGCUGAGGCCGGGCGACCUGAAGAUCAGUGUGACGAGGCGGUGGAGGAUGAGUUUGGAGAGAUAAUAAAAUGCCGAUCAGAUGAAAGAGAAGACGUUCAAAAGAAGACUUUCUCAAAAUGGAUAAACUCACAGUUUUCUAAGGCAGGGAAGCCCCCCAUCCAGGACCUCUUCACCGAUCUGUGUGAUGGCCGUCGGCUGCUGGAGCUGCUGGAGGGACUGGCAGGGCACGAGCUGGUGAAAGAGAGAGGAUUCACGCGCGUCCACUCGCUCAACAAUGUCAAUAGAGCGCUGCAGAUCCUACAGAAGAACAAUGUUGAACUGGUGAAUAUAGGAGGAGCCGACAUUGUUGAUGGGAAUCAUAAACUGAUUCUCGGACUCAUUUGGAGCAUAAUUCUCCACUGGCAGGUAAAGGAUGUGAUGAAGGAUGUGAUGGCGGGCCUACAGCAGACCAACAGUGAGAAGAUUCUGCUUAGCUGGGUGCGCCAGUCCACCAAGGACUAUCCCCACGUCAAUGUGGUCAACUUCUCUUCCAGCUGGGCCGACGGCCUGGCCUUCAACGCACUCAUCCACAGCCACAGGCCCGAGCUGUUUGAUUGGAGCAUUGUGGAGAAGCAGAAGAGUGCCAUGGAGAGAUUGGACCACGCCUUCAGCAAGGCUGAGCAAACCCUGGGCAUUGACAGACUGCUGGACGCUGAGGAUGUGGCGGUGCUGCACCCUGAUAAGAAGUCAGUCAUCAUGUACAUAACGUCUCUGUUCCAAGUGCUGCCUCAGGGCGUAACCAUGGAGGCCAUCCAGGAAGUAGAGACGCUGCCUCGGACCAUCGUCAAGCAGGAGGAACACUUCACCAUCCAGACCCAGCAACGCUACUCCCAACAGAUCACAGUGAGUGUGUCUCAGGGGCGGGUUCGCACCCCCUCCCCCUCUCCUAAGCCUCACUAUAAAAGCUAUGCCUACACUCAAGCUGCAUAUGUCAAGUCACCUGAACAAAAGAAGAGACGCUUUACUGAGCAGACCCAGCUGCUGCGUGGGGGCAGUCAGGAUGACCUGGAGCGGGGCCUGAGCCCCCUGGCCCCUGGGGACACCCAGCUGGAAGACUACCAGAGCUCCCUGGAGGAGGUCCUGACCUGGCUGCUGUCUGCAGAGGACGGCCUGCAGGCCCAGCCCCCCAUCUCCUCCCACGUAGAGGAGGUCAAGGAGCAGUUCCACACACACGAGGGCUACAUGGUGGAGCUGACAUCCCACCAGGGCAGUGUGGGCAGGGUGCUGCGUGCGGGCAGUGCCCUCCUGGGUGAGGGGCGUUUAACAGAGGAGGAGGAGAAAGAGGUCAGGGAGCAGAUGAACCUCCUCAACUCCCGCUGGGAACACCUCAGAGUGGCUAGCAUGGAGAGACAGAGCAGACUCCACGAGGUGUUGAUGGACCUUCAGCACCAACAGUUGAAGCAGCUCACUGAUUGGUUGGAGCUGACAGAGGGGCGGAUCAAGCGGAUGGGGGCUCAGCCUAUGGGGCCAGACCUGGAGGAUGUCAAACACCAAGUAGAGGAACACAAACUGUUGCAGGAGGACCUGGAGAUGGAGCAGGUGCGUGUCAAUUCUCUGACACACAUGGUGGUGGUGGUGGAUGAGAACAGUGGAGACAGCGCCACCGCUGCCCUGGAGGAGAAACUACAGCACCUGGGAGACCGGUGGGCAGCCAUCUGCAAGUGGACAGAGGAGCAUUGGGUUCUGCUACAGGAGAUCCUGCUCAAGUGGCAACACUUCACUGAGGAGCAGUGUUCGUUUGACUCAUGGUUGACUCAGAAGGAGGAGUUGGUUCUGUCCAUCCAGAGCAGUGGCAUCAAGGAGCAGAGUGACAAGGUGGCCAGCCUGAGAAGACUAGCGACGGUGAAGGGUGACCUGGAGAUGAAGAGACCGACCAUGGACAAGCUGUGUUCUCUGUGUCAGGACCUCGUCUCCUCAGUGAAGAACAAGGAGGUGGCUCAUAAGCUGGAGGCCAGGCUGGAGAGCUUCGCCCAACGCUGGGACAAACUGGUGCAGAGCCUGGAGAGGAGCAGCUCACAGAUCUCGUUGGCUGUAACCACGGUGCAGACGGCGCAGACGAAGCUGACACACUCGGUGACGGCGAGCGUAUCCAAGGUGACGACGCGUGAGAAGGUGGUGGUGAAGAAUACUAAAGCAGCGCUGCCCUCCCCACCGCCCCAGAAGAAGAGACAGAUCGUUGUCGAAUCAGAGCUCAGGAAAAGGUUUGACAUGGACUUCACUGAGCUGCACAGUUUCAUCACGCGCUCCAAGGCCAUCCUUCAGAGCCCAGAGUUCUCCAUGUCCAGGAAGGAGGGCAGCGUUCAGGAGCUCCACGAUAAAGUCCUGGCGAUAGAGAGGGAGAGGCCAGAGAAGUUGCGGAAGCUUCAGGAAGCAACUCGUUCGGCGCAGGCUCUGCUCGAUCAGCUGGCGAGCGAGGGUGGUAGUAGGAGGGCUGAUGACAUCCAGAAAGCAGCCGAGGAGCUCAACACUCGCUGGGAUGGGUUCUGUGCCCUGCUGGCUGAGAGGCUGGAGUGGCUGGCCUACCAGAGCAAGAUCCUGGCCUUCUAUAACCUCUGGCAGCAGCUGGAGCAAGCUGUAGUCAACUCUGAGAACUGGCUGAAGGUCCAGCAGCCACCGGCCUCAGAGUCGGAACCUCUGAAGCAUCAACUGGAGCGCUGCAGGGAUGAGAUAGCUCGUCUCUCCUCUCUGGAGCCCCAGGUCAACCUGCUAAAGGAGAAACUGAUGGCGCUUAGGGAGAAGGAGAACGCUCCUGUCUUCUUCGAUGCAGACAUCACUGACUUCACACAGCAUCACCAGCAGGUCCUGGAAGAUCUCCACGCCCGAGAGAGACAGCUGGUGCUGGUUCAGGAGAGCCUUCCUCCAGCGCGCUAUAAGGAGACAGUAUCUACUCUGUUGGCCUGGUUACAGCAGUGUGAGGCGAGGCUAGCCAUCCCCUCUACAGCCGUCACUGAAUACCCUGUCAUGGAGGGGAGACUGAAGGAUGUCAAGGUGAUGCAGGUUGCGCUUGCAGAGCACCAGAGUGAGGUGGACUACCUGACGUCUACAGUGGACCAGGUGUUUCAGAAGGCUCCUCCAGAGAUCAGUCACAAGUACAGGACAGAGAUGGACAGCCUCAUGACUCGCUGGAGACGCCUGUCCUCAACGCUGGGGGAACAGGCAACCAAGAUAACAGAGCUUAUGGCUAAAUUACUGCAGUUCCAGAAUGACGUGAAGACACUGAGGAAGUGGAUGGCUGAUGUUGACGUGUUCCUGAAUGAGGAGUGGCCAGCGCUGGGGGACUCAGAGGCCCUGCAGAAACAGCUGGAGCAGUGCACUGCCCUGGUGAAUGACAUCCACACCAUCCAACCCAGUCUGAACGGCAUCAAUGAGGUGGGCGUGUCUCUGAAGACAGAGGCGGAGCCACCAUUCGCCAUCCAGCUGCAGAAGGAGCUCGACGAGCUGAACGCUCUGUGGGAGAUCAUCUGCAAACAGGCCUAUGCUAAGAAGUCAGCUCUGAAGGGGGGUCUGGACAAGACCAUGAGCCUGAGGAAGGAGAUGACUGAGAUGCAGGAGUGGAUCACUCAGGCUGAGGAGGACUAUCUGGAGAGAGACUUCACAUACCAGACCCCCGAGGAGCUACGCAAGGCUGUCGAGGAACUCAAGAAGGGUCAGGAGGAGGUCCACUCUAAAGAGCUGAAGGUGAAGCUGCUGACCGACUCUGUGAACAGUUUCAUCUCCAAAGCCCCUCCGGCUGCCCACGAUGCCCUCAAGGCAGAGCUGGACGUGCUGACCGCAAACUACCAGAGACUCUGCAGCCGCCUGGACGGCAAGUGUAAAACCCUGGAGGAGGUGUGGGCGUGUUGGUGUGAGCUCUUGUCCUACCUGGAGCAGGAGAACGGCUGGCUGGACCAGCUGGAGCAGAAGCUAGACGAGACAGAUGGCAUCCAGGGGGGAGCAGAGAAGCUCUGUGAGGCCCUUGAUGCCCUGGAGACAUUGCUGCGUCACCCUGAAGAUGGGAGGAACCAGAUCAGAGAGCUGUCUCAGACCCUGAUGGAUGGAGGAGUACUGGAUGAACUGAUCCAGCAGAAACUAGAGGCCUUCAACACACGCUGGGAUGAACUCAUGCAGAGGGCGGUUGGUCGGCAGCAGCAGCUGGAGAGGAGUGUGCAGUGGGCCCAGGAGAAUGACAAGACGCUGCGUCUCAUCAACGACUCUCUGGACGCCACCGACCGCCACCUGUCUGCCUACAUCGCUGACCACAUCGACGCAGCACAGAUACCACAGGAAGCACAGAAAAUCCAGACAGAGCUGAAUGGUCACGAGGCGACUCUGGAAGACAUGAAGAAGAAGAAUAAAGAGAGUGACCAGUCAGAGAGAGUAGCAGCACAGAUCAACAUGACACAGAAAAAACUCCAGGAGGUGUGUGUGAAGUUCAGGCUCUUCCAGAAACCGGCAAACUUCGACCAGCGCCUCUCAGAGUGUGAGAGGGUUCUCUGGGAUGUCAAGGCACAGCUGGGGGUGUUGGACAUACGCAGCGUGGAACAGGACGUGGUGCAGUCACAGUUGGAACAAUGCAUGAAGUUUUAUAAGAGUUUGAGUGAGGUGAAGUUAGAGGUAGAGACAGUAAUAAAGACAGGAAGACAGAUCGUCCAGAGACAGCAGACUGAGAAGCCUAAAGAGCUGGACGACAGACUCACUGCCCUCAAGCUGCUCUACAACCAACUGGGCGCGCAGGUGACGGAGGGAAAACAGGAACUAGAGAAGAGUCUGAAGUUGUCCAGGAAACUGCGUAAGGAGUUGAACAGUCUGACAGAGUGGCUAGCUGCUACGGACGCUGAGCUGACCAAGCGGUCUGCUGUGGAGGGGAUGCCCAGUGAUCUAGAGGCUGAGGUGGACUGGGCCAAGGCAGCCCAGAAGCAGACAGAGAAGCAUGCUCCCCAGCUGUCGGCUGUAGUGGAGCUGGCUGAAGCCCUGAAGGCAGUGCUGAGAGGUCAGGAGAGCCUGGUGGAUGACAAGGUCCAGCUACUCAACUGUAACUGGGUCGCUGUCACCUCCAGGAGUGAGGAGUGGCUUAACCUGCUGCUGGACUACCAGAGACAGAUGGAAACAUUGAAUGUGAAUAUAAAGGUGAUAAAGGAGUGGAUGGAGAGAGCGGAGAAAGAGAUGGACCAGAUAGAGAACCAGGGACCCAACGACCCUGUCCUCAAGGGUCUGCGUGGGGAGCUGGAGGGGAUGCAUGGUAAAGUGGAGGUGGUGAGGGCGCUAGGCCAGGAUCUGAUGAGUACCCGUGGGGAACACUGCCAGGCACAGCUGGGGCCCAAACUGUUAAAGCUCAACCAGCGCUUUGACAGCAUCGCACAGCGCAUCACUGCAGGACAGGCGGCGGCGUCAGCGGUGGAGGUGGAGCAGUUCCACAGUGAAGCUAAGAUCUGGCUGGACCUGCUGGAGGAAGAGGAGAAACAGGGAGAGAACCUCAAGGAGGAGGACUUCACAGUACAUGACGGGAACUGUGAGGAGGGGGCAGUGAAGGAGCUGCUGCUGAAAGGACAGAAGCUACAGAGGAGAGUUCCAGACCAGGACAAGAAAGAAGAGAUCAGAAUCAAACACAAUCAGCUCAACACCAAAUACAACACUGUCAUGGACCUACGUGGUGUGAGGAGGAGGAAGGCCCUGGCGAUAGCCCCCCAGUGGUACCAGUACCGUAGGAAGACUGAUGACCUGCUCCAGUGGCUGGACGACAUUGAGAGGAGCGUGGCUGAAUUACCUGACCCAGUAGAGGAACAGAGGGUUAAGGAGAUUGGCUCAGAGUUCGAUGAGAAGAGUGAGGAUCUGAAAGAGGUGCAGGGAUUGGCCAAAGAGCUGUCAGACGCAGGGGCGGCCUCGCUGGUGCAGCCCCGCCUCCUCCAGCUCAACACACGCUGGCAGGAGGUGCAGGCUAAAUUCACCCCCUACCGCCGACAAAGUGAGUACCUGUCAGAGCUGCAGACCCUGCUGCGUUCUGUCUCUGAGACAGACUUCCAGCUGAACUCUCCUGAGUACUGGCAGGCCGUCUUCUACAACCUACCCCAGCAGGGACAGUGCCUUCAGGAGGUGAAGGUGAAUCUGAAGAACCUCCGCCCCCCUGUAGAGGGCGCUCUAGCCAGGAGAGAGGAGGUGGUGGCCAUCGCUACUCCAGCAGAGAGCACCAGGGUCCAGGAGACAGCUCUGCUGCUCAACACCAACUGGGACAAAGUCAACAAGCUGUACCUUGACAGGCUCAGGCGCUGGGAGGUGUCCAAUGCUAAGUGGCUGAAGUUCGUAGCGGACCAGAAGGUGGUUGGUGAUUGGUUGAGUGGUGCGGAGACCACUCUGAAGCAGGCGAAGACAGACCCUGCUGGGGCCAGACCACACCUUAAGGAGCUGCAGGAGAGUGUGGGGGCCCAGGGGGGCGUGGUGGCAGGGCUGAACGCUGCAGGGAAGGAGAUCAUUGGUCAGAGUACCCAGGAGGACGGAGCUCAGAUCAGACUACAUCUCAACACCCUCAACACACGCUGGGUCAAUAUCACCCAGGAGCUGGCAGAGAGGAAGAGGAGGUCUGCAGAGGCGCGUACUGCAGCGUUGGAGCUGCAAGAGGACAUGGGGGAGUUCCUGUCCUGGCUGGAUGAGGCUGAGGAGGUAGUGGCCAUCCCCCUGACGCCUGGAGACCACCACCAGAUGAACGCCACCCUGGAGAAAGUCACGGCUCGUGUGUUGGAGCUACCGACCAGGCAGAACAAUGUGGAUACCAUCAACACGAGGACCGGCACCGUACCCCUCCCUGCUGACAAACAGAAAGAAAUGAAGAUGAUCACCACACGCUGGGUUAGGGUGUCUAAAGACCUGCCUGAGAAGCAGAAGCAGAUUGAGAGCCUGCUGAAGGAGCUGUCUCACUUCCAGGACCAGCUGACUUACCUCUCCUCCUGGACCUCAACCACCAGGACCACCCUGGAGAAAGACCCAGACAACGUGGAACCCAAGCUCAUAGAUGAAGUCCAGGUCAAGAAGCCUGAGGUGGAGGGGGUGUUGGCUAAGGGCCAGGAGCUGUACAAGGACACGCCUCCCAGCCAACCAGAGAAGGAGAAUUACGACAGUCUGAGUGAUGAUUGGAGGGCCAUUCAGGGGCAGAUGAUAGUACACAGAGAGAGGCUGGCCGUUCUGAGGAUCCAGAAAACGACCAUUGAGACCCUCCAGGGAGACGCUCCAGCCCUGGCUCAGUUCAACAAGGCCUGGGCAGAGCUCUCUGAUUGGCUAUCCCUGCUGGAUCAGAUGGUACAGACACAGAGGGUGACCGUGGCCGACCUGGACGAGAUCAACCACAUGAUCGGCAAGACCAAGGGAGAACUGGGGGACAUGGAGCGGCGGCGCCCACAGCUGGAGGGUCAGAUGACUGCAGCCCAGAACCUGAAGAACAAGACCAACAACCAGGAGACACGAGCUGCUAUCACCGACCGCAUUGACAGGUUGCAGACCCACUGGGAGGAGUCACAGGGCAGACUGGCUGAUAGACAUCAACAGCUACAGAACAUGCUGCAGGACUCCUCUGAUUGGUUGGACGCCAGGAAGGAGGUGGAACCUCUCGUCAAACAAGCCAAUGACAAGCUGGAGUCGUGGCAGGAGAUUUCCUACACCAUGGAUGCUCUGAAGAAGCAAAACACUGACCUCAAGCUGUUUGUGAAGGAGCUGCACCAGUGGCAGGGUCAGGUGGACGUGACCAAUAACCUGGCAGGGAAGCUGUUAACCCUUUACACCACUGACCACACACACAAGGUCACACAGAUGACAGACGCCAUGAACGUUACCUGGGAGCACGUCAACAAACGUGUUGGGGACCGUGAGGCGGCUCUGUCAGCUGCUCUGAGGCUGCUGCAGCAGUUUUACCUGGAUCUGCAGAAGUUCCUUAACUGGCUGACGGAGGCAGAGACCACCUGUAACGUCCUGCUGGACGCAUCACACAAGGAGAGGCUGCUGGAAGACCCCGAGGCUGUACGACACCUGCUGGGGCAGUUCCAGGACCUUCAGGGGGAGAUAGAUGGCCACACAGAGCUGUACCACUCUCUGGAUGAGAAUGGUCAGCGUAUCCUGACCUCUCUGACCGGCUCAGACGAUGCCACGCCCUUACAGAGACGACUGGACAACAUGGGCCAGCGCUGGGACGAGCUCCGCAGCAAAACCAUGAGUAUGAGAUCCCACCUGGAAGGGGAGAUGGCUCCCUGGAAGCGGAUACACAUGACCCUCCAGGAGCUGAUAGCCUGGCUGCACAUGAAGACUGACCUGCUGGAGCAGGAACCCCCUGUAGGGGGCGACAUCCCCGCUGUGCAACAACAGCUGGACACACACAGGAGCUUCAGGAGAGAUCUGAGGGCCAAGGGCCCGGUGGUUAACGGCGCUCUGGACCAGGUCCAGAUCUUCCUGUCUGAACUGCCUGCUGAGAGGGAUCCACAGCCUGACCAAAGAGACAUCAGUCCAGAGGAGCGCGCCCAGAACGUGGGGCGUGUCCUGCGAAAGGAGGCGGAGGAUGUGGCGUCAGGGUGGGAGGGGCUUAACGAGGAGGCUGCUGAUUGGCAGAAGAGGCUGGAGCUGGCUCUGGAUAGGCUGUUGGAGCUUCACAAGGCCCAGGACCAGCUGGAGCUGAGGCUGAGCCAGGCUGAGAUGGUGAAGGAGGCCUGGGAGCCUGUUGGAGACCUGCUCAUAGACUCACUACCUGAACACAUCCACAGGGUCAAGGCGUUCCAGGCGGAGAUAGCUCCUAUCAAAAACGAUGUGAGCCACGUCAACAACCUGGCCUCUACCUUCGGCCCUCCGGACCUCGUCCUCUCACAACCCAACCUGGACAGACUGGAGGACCUCAACACACGCUGGAGGAUGCUACAGGUUUCCAUGGGAACGUGUAAAAACUCAGGGGGUGGAAUGGCGGUGGAUGAGUUGGGGGAUGUAUCUCAGAUCUCCAUCAAAGACCAUCUGAAGCAGCUGACAGAUGCUCAGAGGGACUUUGGCUCUCUGCAGGGUUCUGUUCAAGGUCCAUUUGAGCAGGCAGUCUCACCCAAUAACGUGCCCUACUACAUCAAAGAGAAAACACCAGAAGACGUGGCCCAGACCCUCUAUGACCACCAGACACAGACAACAUGCUGGGACCAUCCCAAGAUGGCCGAGCUCUACCAGUCUCUGGCCGACCUGAACAACGUGCGUUUCUCAGCCUACCGGACAGCCAUGAAGCUGAGGCGCCUGCAGAAAGCUCUCUGUCUGGACCUCCUGGGUAUGCCUGCGGCGUGUGAGGUCUUUGAGCAGCAUGGCCUGAAGCAGAAUGAGCAGCUGAUGGACAUCAUGCAGGUGAUGACAUGUCUGACCAGCCUCUAUGAGAAACUGGACCAGCAGCAUGGGAACCUGGUCAACGUCCCGCUGUGUGUCGACAUGUGUCUCAACUGGCUGCUCAAUGUUUACGACACAGGAAGAAGUGGAAAAAUCAGAACUCUGUCCUUCAAAACUGGCAUCAUCUCACUCUGCAAAGCACACCUGGAGGACAAAUACAGAUUCCUGUUCCGCCAGGUAGCCAGUGCGACAGGGUUCUGUGACCAGCGGAGGCUGGGUCUUCUCCUCCAUGAUUCCAUCCAGAUCCCCCGUCAGCUGGGAGAGGUGGCCUCCUUCGGGGGCUCCAACAUCGAGCCCAGCGUCCGCAGCUGCUUCCAGUUUGCCAAUAACAAGCCGGAGCUGGAGGCUGCUAUGUUCCUGGACUGGAUGCGUCUGGAGCCUCAGUCGAUGGUGUGGCUGCCUGUCUUACAUCGUGUGGCAGCUGCUGAGACAGCCAAACACCAGGCCAAGUGUAACAUCUGCAAAGAGUGUCCUAUCAUCGGCUUCAGGUACCGAAGCUUAAAGCACUUUAACUAUGACAUCUGCCAAAGCUGCUUCUUCUCUGGCCGUGUGGCAAAGGGACACAAGAUGCAGUACCCCAUGGUGGAGUACUGUACGCCGACUACGUCAGGAGAGGAUGUGAGGGACUUUGCCAAGGUACUGAAAAACAAAUUCAGGACCAAACGAUACUUCGCUAAGCACCCUCGCAUGGGCUACCUCCCUGUACAGACCAUCUUGGAGGGAGACAACCUGGAGACUCCUGUUACACUGAUCAACUUCUGGCCCGUAGAUCAUGCGCCUGCGUCCUCCCCCCAGCUCUCCCAUGACGACACCCAUUCACGCAUCGAGCAUUACGCCAGCCGGUUAGCUGAAAUGGAGAACCGUAAUGGAUCUUAUCUGAAUGACAGUAUCUCACCCAAUGAGAGCAUUGAUGAUGAACACCUGUUGAUCCAACACUACUGUCAGAGUCUGAACCAGGGUUCUCCCCUCAGCCAUCCACGCAGCCCCGCCCAGAUCCUCAUCUCCAUGGAGAGUGAAGAGAAGGGUGACCUGGAGAGGGUGCUCAACGACCUGGAGUCAGACAACAGGAAGCUACAGGCGGAGUAUGACAAGUUGAAGAAGGCCCACGACCACAAGGGUCUGUCCCCGCUCCCCUCACCCCCGGAGAUGCUGCCCGCUUCGCCCCAGAGCCCACGGGACGCCGAGCUGAUCGCUGAGGCCAAACUGCUGAGACAGCACAAAGGACGGCUGGAGGCCCGCAUGCAGAUCCUGGAGGACCAUAACAAACAACUGGAGUCACAGCUACACCGGCUCAGACAACUACUGGAACAGACUGACUCCAAGGUGAACGGUACAGCCCUGUCCUCUCCCUCCACCUCGUCCCAGCGCUCUGACACCAGUCUGCCCCUGAUGCGUGUAGCAGGCAGCCAGACCACAGAGACCAUGGGUGACGAUGAGCUGUCGAGUCCGUCCCAAGAUGCAUCGGGGCUAGAGGAGGUGAUGGAGCAGCUAAACCACUCCUUCCCCCACAGCCAAGGACUGAGUGUAGGCAGUCUGUUCCACAUGGCAGAUGACCUGGGUCGAGCCAUGGAGUCAUUGGUCAACGUGAUGACGGACGAACAGAGCGGCGAAUAGCGGCAGACGAGGACCCGCCCCUCACCCCCUCCCCAACCAACCCCCACGCAUGCUUUUCUAGUCAAAACAACUGGAUUGGACACGUUUACAAAGAGAAAAAUACAUAUAUUUUUGUGAAGGAUCACCGUUACAAAACUUGUAGAUUUCAGUAGUUUCUUAAAAGUAUUGAAAAUGGUUUUAUUAACAAAAGGCAGGUUUUUAAACUUCUAUGCAAUUGUAUAAAACAUAAGAGAAAGAAAAAGUCUGUGUGUAAAUCUUGUGAAUGUAUUUCCAUUUCUUUAUUUGGAGUGCAUUUCACAACAUUUGUAUCAAAAAGAAAGAUUGUAAACAUAAGGGUGCUUUAUAUUACAAAACUAUGUUUAUUAUAACAAAAUAUUAUAUACUGUAAAGGCAAUGCAGUCGUCCUGUACCCUUUCAGCGUAGACUGACUGACUGUGUGUAUGUAUGCACGUUUGUGUGUGUGUGUGUGUUGGUACGCGAGGCUGUGUAUGUGUGACGUGUGUGUGUGAAGGUAUCUAAUUUCCACAUGGCAUUAUAGCUUUUGCUUUGGGCUGAUGCACCUCAUGUUGUUUAUCAAAUCAUCCAUCCAUAGGUCAUCAGUCAUCUUUUUCUUUAGUAGUGUCUAGUUGAUGAUCAUAUUAUGAUAUUAUGCCCUUGGCCUGCAUUCACUGCAGCUCUGGUCCACUCCUAUGUGUUGAAUCUGCCAUGAGGACCCAUAGAGCACAUACUGAAAGGUCCAAUCUGGGAUAUUUAGAGCUGUUUUUGUUGUUUUUCAAAUUAAGAAUUGGUCCUUUAACACUGACAGAAAGAAAGUAAUACUGCUGUUGUAAUACCUAUUAAUACUGGUUUUGUAGGAUUAAGGAAUUGUAUUUGAAUUUAAUACCACUUGAAAUAGAACUACAGUACAGUGUGAAAUUCAGCUGUUUGUAAUCCUGAGAUUAUUUGAUUGAUUUGAAAUCUAUUUGAUUUGAUCUGAGUUCUCUCCUAGUGUAAUUGGGCGUGUUUUAAGAUACAAGUGUAUUAUCCUAGAACGCCCAGUAAUGCAAUCUCUACCUCGUUUGAAUUGGUCAAAACCCAACUGUCACUAUUUAUUUUUCUUUCUGAUCAAUCCCCUAUUUCCCUUCCUAGGAAAGUGGAGAAAAUAUUUGACUGUAGUUGGAUGCCAUCUAAAAGAAUCCAUCCAUGUUUUGAAAUUGAGGAGUGACUCCCUCCAAUCUGAAUGUGUUCAGAUACAUACACUGUACUGUCCUUAGCGGUUCAUUAAGAUGUAGAAAUGAAAUGUCAGACAUGUUAAGGAAACCAGACCAGGUUACACUACAGUUAUCCAUCCUGGACAGACUAGAGUUGAUCUUCUGCGUGAUAAUGCAUUUGUUUUGUUUGUGUGUUGCAUUAAAUAUAUAUAUUUUUCCUUUAUGGAAUUGCAUCGUGUGGGGCGUUAUCAAUGUGUGCAAUCACAGUUGAUUAAAUAUACCCAUGCUUAUUUAAAAUCCAACCAAUUGAAGGUAUUCUUCACUUUUCUUUUGCACCACGGUAUAGCAGCAUGAUCAAAGAUAAUAGUUAUUUAAUCCAAGACACUGUAUUAUUCAUUUCUAACCCUUGAGUUGUAUUAUCCAUCAUUUUCAAUAACUCAUUUGUUUCACAACAUAUCAAAUUCCACCAAAUAUAUGCCUUACUACUGUAUUAUAAAAUGCUUUACUGUGUAUAUCAAUAAAGCGGUUCUGUUGACUUGA